AUGGUCUACCGUGUCUACAUGCUCGCCUCCAAGAAGGCAGACGUAACUCUGGAGGAAUUCAAAAGUCACUGGGAUAACGAGCACCUCAACCUGCUCAAAGAGAUCGGUGGCGACGCCUACCCCAAAGUCCAUGCGCACAGAUAUCCGGCCCAAGUGCUGGGCCCUGAGGGUGCUGGGUUCGACGGAAUCGGGUAUCUCGAGUUUGAGAAGAAGGAAGACUUUUUAAGAUUGACAACGAUUUUGGGAAAACCAGAAAAUCAGGCAAGAGUGAAUGAGGAUGAGAAGAAGUUUUUGGACAUGUCCAAAUUUCAAAUGUAUGUGGUGGAUGAUGAGGUGUGA